CGUUCCAGACAUUUCCGGGUUGUUUACAUCCUGCAGGAGGAGGAAGAAGAAGUAAAGUGAGCUGCAGAAUGUCUGCGUUAUUGAACCGCCUGUGUGUGUCUGUGAGGUUUCUGAUUGUUCAGCAGGCCCCCCUUGGCCUCAGGAGAAGCCUACACUCAGGGUUAGGAGCCACCAUCAGAAGUACCUGUCUGGGGCCCAGGACCUGCAAACAGGGUCUUUGUUCAAGCUGGUAUGUAGCACGUGGUCUUUCUACCAGUCUAGGAAAAACCAUCAACUAUGAAGAACUGAAAGAUCUGUUGGCAGACGAGAGCGUUGUGCUCAUAGAUGUACGGGAACCAUGGGAAGUGAAAGAAUAUGGCAUUAUAAAGGGUUCGAUAAACAUUCCACUUGGUGAUCUAACAGCUGCAUUGCAAAUGAGCCCAAAUGAAUUUCAAGAAAAAUAUCAGAAGAAUAUUCCAGAUAAAUCCAGUAAACUGGUAUUUUCAUGUCUAGCUGGGAUUCGAAGUGAACGGGCCUUAGGUGUAGCAAGCUCUUUAGGAUUUAGUAGCAUACAUAAUUAUGGAGGUGGCUUUGAGGACUGGAAAAGGCACGAGCAACCCAUAAAAAAGUAAUGGGUAUUUAUUAGAUAUUUUUUCAAACUGAUCGUUCUUAUGACAGUUUAAGAACUACUGCAAACC